AUGUCAGAAGAACACGAUACCUUCGAGUCUGCCGAUGCUGGUGCCUCCAAGACCUUCCCUAUGCAGUGCUCUGCUCUCCGCAAGAACGGCCACGUCGUCAUCAAGGGUCGUCCCUGCAAGAUCGUUGAUAUGUCUACCUCCAAGACUGGCAAGCACGGUCACGCUAAGGUUAACUUGGUCGCUAUUGACAUUUUCACUGGAAAGAAGUACGAAGAUGUCUCUCCCUCCACUCACAACAUGGAUGUCCCCAACAUCAAGCGUAGUGAAUACCAAUUGAUCAACAUUGAGGAUGGUUUCCUUUCCUUGAUGCUUGAAAGCGGUGACACCAAGGAGGAUGUCAAGCUUCCCGAGGGUGAACUUGGUGAACAAAUUCAAGCCGACUUUGAUGAAGGCAAGGAUUUGAUUGUUGGCAUUGUCGCCGCUAUGGGUGAGGAGCACUGUCUUUCUGUCAAGGAAGCUCCCAAAUAA